GGUUGAAUUUUAGCUGCAAUUGCAUUUCCAAAUUCAUUAUAAACGCCCGUCGUAAUCGCAAACAGAGCAUCGAAACUAACUCCCCCGACUCUAGAGAAGUACAGUGAAACCGGGAACAUGGAGAGAGCAGCUCUGGCCCUUUUGGCACUUUGCUGCGCCUUCGGCUUCUUCGCCGCUGCCACGCCCAUCGGGGGCGAUCAAAAACUCCUGGGAGCCAGUAAGUGCACCUGGGGACCUUCGUACUGGUGCGGAAACUUCAGCAACUCCAAGGAAUGUCACGCCACUCGCCACUGCAUCCAAACCGUUUGGGAGACCCAAAAAGUCCCCGUGGACACGGACUCGAUCUGCCAGAUAUGCAAGGAUAUGGUGACCCAGGCCCGCGAUCAGCUGAAGAGCAACGAGACCGAGGAGAGUAAGGAGGUCUUCGAGGGCUCCUGCAAGUUGAUUCCCAUCAAGCCGGUCCAGAAGGAGUGCAUCAAGGUGGCCGAUGACUUCCUGCCCGAGUUGGUCGAGGCCCUAGCCUCCCAAAUGAAUCCCGAUCAAGUUUGCUCUGUUGCCGGACUUUGCAACAGUGCCUACAUCGAUGAAUUGUUCAGGAAGGGCAUUCAGUCGGGACUUGAUGGAACCGCCCAGGAAGUAGAUGAAAGCUCUGAAGAGACCGAGUUGACCUGGCAGCCCAAUCAACUCUCCUGCGGCAACUGCAACAUGCUUUCCCGCAUGAUGCACUCCAAGUUCGAGGCCGCCAAUCGCGAUGACAUGGUGGAAACGAUGCUCCAUGUGUGCGGAUCCCUGUCCAGCUUCUCCGAUGCCUGUGCCAACAUUGUACUUACCUAUUUCAAUGAUAUCUACGACCAUGUCAGCAAGCAUCUGACCUCGGAUGCCGUAUGCCACGUGUCCGGAGUGUGCGCCUCCAGAUACCACCAGCACGAGGAGGACAAGCAGCCGGAAGAGGCCUUGGUGGCCCUUGAUGCUGGCGAUGACAUUCCGUGCGAGCUGUGCGAACAGCUGGUGAAGCACCUGCGCGAUGUUCUGGUGGCCAACACCACGGAGACCGAAUUCAAGCAGGUUAUGGAAGGAUUCUGCAAGCAGUCGAAGGGAUUCAAGGAUGAGUGCCUGAGCAUCGUGGACCAGUACUACCAUGUUAUCUAUGAGACUUUGGUCAACAAGCUGGAUGCCAAUGGAGCCUGCUGCAUGAUCGGCAUUUGCCAGAAGCAAUCUGCCUCGUCGAUGAAUGAUGCUCCCAUCAUGCCGCUGCUGCCUGUUCUUGAACCCGCCCAGGAGAUCACCAUCGAGAAGCUGGAGAAGCACGAGAGGAAGCAGCUGGGCGCCAGCGAGCCCAAGUUCAGCCAGCAGGAGAUAAUGGACAUGCAGCUGCCCAUCGACCACCUCAUGGGUGCCGCUAACCCCGGAGCAUUGGUGGAGGGCGGAGAGCUCUGCACCCUCUGCGAGUACUUGCUGCACUUCAUCCAAGAGACUCUGGCCACCCCGGCCACCGAUGACGAAAUCAAGCACAGCGUUGAGAACAUCUGCACCAAACUGCCUGCGGGAGUCGCCGGUCAGUGCCGCAACUUCGUAGAGAUGUAUGGCGAUGCUGUGAUUGCUCUGCUUGUCCAGGGACUGAAUCCUCGUUCCGUGUGCCCCUACAUGCAGAUGUGCCCGAAGAACCUACCCAAGAAGGACGACGUCGAAGUGUUCCAUCCCGUACCAAUCAGCGAUGAACAGGAUUCCCCCACUUGCCCGCUGUGCCUUUUUGCCGUCGAGCAGGCCCAGAUGAAGAUCCGCGACAACAAGUCGAAGGACAACAUCAAGAAGGUUCUUGGUGGCCUAUGCUCCCCUCUGCCCAAAAAGCUAAAGGACGAGUGCGUGGACUGUAACACCUACUCCAACGAGCUGGUCGACAUGCUGAUCACAGACUUCAAGCCGCAGGAGAUUUGCGUGGAACUGAAGCUCUGCGAGAAGAGCACGGAUGCUCUCAGCGACUUGGGCAUUGCUCUGGAGGACGAUGUUGAUGGUGAGGACAAGUCAAGCAGCGAGGAGAUCAGCUCCAACAACAUCGAGUCCCUGGAGGAACUGCCCAUUCAGUUUGCUUUCGACGAAGGAUUCAACGCCGCUCCCAACUGUCUGAUCUGCGAGGAGUUGGUCAAGGAGUUGGAGAAGCGCAUGGGCAAGCACCCCACCAAGGACAGCAUUAAGCAGAUCCUGGAGCAGUCCUGCGACAAGAUGAAGAAACCGUUGGCCGGUAAGUGCCACAAGGUCAUCGACAAGUACGGCGACCAGAUUGCCAAUCUGCUGCUCAAGGAAAUGGACCCCAAGCUGAUCUGCACCGAGUUGGGAAUGUGCAUCUUGGCUGAUAUAGAUGAUCUUGAGGUGGAUGAGGCCUUAAAGUACGACGUGAUUGCCGUGCCCCAUCAGGACAACAAGGCGUCCAGCAUUAACGAGCCGCCUACCUGCGUCCUCUGCGAGUUCAUCAUGACCAAACUGGAGGCCGAUCUGAAGAACAAGACCGAACAGGACGACAUUAAGAAGGCGAUUGAGGCGGUCUGCAAACGCCUGCCAGCCACCGUUCGCAAGCAGUGCGAUACCUUCGUAGACGGAUAUGCCGUUGCGGUCCUUAAACUGCUGAGCGAUGUGCCGCCCAAGGAAGUGUGCCAGAAACUGGAGCUCUGCUUCAGCGUGGCCGUCACCGACGAGGUGGUGGAGUGCGGUGUGUGCCAUGGAGUGUCCCAGUCUCUGUUGCCCUUCCUGCGCGAGAAGAAGGAUGAGGCGAAGGACGUGACCCCCAUGCAGAUGACAUCGCUGGCUUGCGAGAACUUGCCGGCCAAGUACUACAAGAUUUGCUCUGAGAUGAUCUCCAUCUAUGGCAACAGUUUUAAGAACUUGGCCCAGCGAUCCUAUGUGGAUCAGUCGCACGUCUGCGCCGAGAUUGGAAAGUGCUUCGAUAGCGAGAAGUCUUCGCUGGCCUUUGCCAGAAUUUCAGCUUAAGUGAUGCGUUGUGAUGUGCGAGAGAGACGAGGAUGAGAAAGAGGAUUAGCAGAAGGUUAGAUAAGGAGGAGGCAACUGAUCCAACGCUUUAUAUAUGCAUAUACCUUUACAUAUAUCUGUUUACAUUCUAUAACGAUUUAUUGUAAAUGAAACAUAUUUACUUACUUUUCGUUUCUGUACCCUGGUUUUGGCUCUAAAUUUGUUAGGAGAAUUUGUGAUGAAACUGAUUUUAUAAACGCACUCAAACCCCGGCUGAAGAAAAGUGAAACUUAACUAAAACUAAAACUUACACUAAGCAGUAACCUAACGUACUUUCAAUAUACGAAUUAGCGAAAUCCACAAGCCAUUAACUUUGUAUCGAUAUCCCCAUCUGUCCGAAGUCAGCUGAGCAGUGUGUAGUUUAAGAUAUCAAAGAAAACUGUGUAAAAUACGAACAUUGAUCUUAUAAAUCAUAAAGAAAACUAAA